AUGGUGAAGAUGGUGUGGCUUAGCAUUUAUAUGCAGUGGAGGAUGGCUGGGAAUUUGUUCUGGGCUGUUGUACUUUGGCAUUGGGCAAUAAGAGGCAGGGAUGCAGAAACAAUGUUGAAGCUUGGAAGCACUCCAGAUAAGCGUGAACAGUAUCGACUCGUGAGAGAUGCAAUGGAGAGAAGGUCAAUCAGAGUCACUCGUGGUUCAAUAGUUGGUGGAAUACGCCUUGGGAUGUUUACUGCUGCUUUUUAUGGUUUUCAAAACCUGCUUGUUGAACAACAAGGUGUACAUGAUAUUUAUAAUGUAGUUGGAGCUGGUUCUGCUACUCCUGCUACAUUUCAUUUAAUAUUGGCGCUUAAGAAAUUCGAUGUUGGGUUCAGUUCCGGGUGCAGCAAUCUGCUUCCCCAUUGGUUGGCUUCAUCUGAAGGGAAAUUGUGUACGACUUGUGAAGUUAGUAAUACUGUGGAAGAAAAGAGCGGGAUUGGCGCCUGGGUUGAGCGACGUGAAGGGAACUUAAACAAAUAG